GUCUCUUGUGUGUGUUUUCAUGUUUUUUUUUUUUAAUGUAAAAUAGAAAAUUAUUGCCACUUCAUAGAUAAUUGCCAAAUGCCAACAGUUACAAAAGAUUACAAUAAAGUGUAAGUUAUGUCAGAUUCUUGUCUUUUUUUUAAAGCAUACAACAAACAAGAAGCAGGAUGGAAAGAAGUGAACCUUUUUCUCUUCCUUUAUUUAAUAACAACCCAUGUUCUAGUUCCUUUGUUUAUAUAAAACACAUAUAGUAUUACAAGAUCACUUUUUUUUUUUUGUUUCUUGUAAUAAUUUUCUCUAAGCAAAAAGGUUGUUGCUUUAUAUCUCAUUGCCAUUUUUCUCUCUCUCUCUCUUCCAUUUUGUAUCCAGUUCUUGCAUGUUUCUUCUUGGUUCAGAUCUGAACAUUAACCGGGGUGGUUGUUGAUUGGAGAAGGUCGAUUCAAAGGAGGGUGUGCUGCUGGUUUUUGAUAAGCAUUCUUGGUUUAUAGCUUUCAAGUCUCUGAAAGUGAUAAUUCGGAUGCCUAUGCGGGGUUAAAGAAGGUAACUUGAUGUUUUUGCUAGGAACUUGAAUGCAUCGUUGAAGUUUGUUGAGAUUUCUUGAUGAUGCUUUAAUGUAUGAUUUGUUAUGAACCUUUGAUGAUGAUGGUGAGGUAAUUUGGGUGAUUUAAGAGAUGGGAUUUUCAUGCGUUUUGUGAAAUACUGUUCUUUUGGUUGGUUUUUGUUAUACAAUAGAGGGUUGAUUUUAUAUUUGAAGUUAGAAUAUAAGACUCGAGGUUUUUGAGGGAAAUUGAUGGUAAUGGAGAAGGUCCAGGGAAGAGGGUUUUUGGGUGUUGUAUUUCUGGUCAUAGUAUUCCUAUCUGUUAGCAGUGGAGAAGCUCAGUCUAGAUCUUUUCUUGUAAACUGUGGUGCAAAUAGCAGUGUUAAUGUAGAUGGCAGGAGAUGGAUUGGUGAUUUGGUCCCAAAUGAUAAUUUCACUGUCAGUUCUCCUGGUGUCGCUGCCACUGAUUCUACAGCAAAUGGUGAUUCACUCUACAGAACUGCCCGAAUUUUUGACAAUGGUUUGAAUUAUACUUUUUCUGGAGUGCAGGGAAACUACUUUGUUAGACUCCAUUUUUGUCCAUUCCCUAUUGAGAAUCAUAAUGUGAACGAGUCCUUGUUUAGUGUCGUGGCUAAUGGUCUGAAACUGCUGGCUGAUUUCAAUGUUCCUGGUGAGAUUUCAGACAAAUAUCUGCCCUUGCAGAAUUCCAACAGCAAUUCAAGUUCUUUGUCCUUGGUCAAAGAGUAUAUUCUAGCAAUCAAUGAUGUGCUUGUGGUUGAGUUCAUUCCAUCCAAGGGAUCAUUCGGGUUCAUAAAUGCCAUGGAGAUUGUCCCUGUGAUCGGUACACUUUUUGCAGACUUGGUUCGUAGAGUGGGUGGAAGUGAUGCCAAUGUGAGCGGAAGGGGGAUUGAAACUAUGUAUAGGUUGAAUGUCGGGGGACAAGAGAUUAAACCUGAUCAGGAUUCAGAUCUUUGGAGGAAAUGGGAAGUGGAUUCCAGCUACAUGAUUACAGCCGAUGCUGGUGUUGAAAUCAAGAAUAGUUCUAAUGUCACUUAUGCUUCGAACAAUGAUUCCUCGGUGGCUCCUCUUCUUGUAUAUGAAACAGCAAGAAUAAUGUCCAAUACAGAAGUCCUGGAGAAAAAGUUUAACAUGUCAUGGAAAUUCGAAGUAGAUCCUGAUUUUGAUUAUUUAAUUAGGUUACAUUUUUGUGAGCUGGUAUAUGACAAGGCAAACCAGAGGAUUUUCAAGGUCUAUAUAAACAACAAGACUGCUGCAGAUAACUUCGAUGUUUAUGCGCGAUCAGGAGGGAAGAACAUAGCGUAUCAUCAGGAUUAUUUUGAUGCAAUAUCUGCCAAAAUCAACACCCUUUGGAUCCAAUUGGGUCCUGACACCGCAGUUGGUGCUUGGGGAACCGAUGCUCUCUUGAAUGGGCUGGAGAUUUUCAAGUUGAGCCGAAGUGGGAAUCUUGCAUACGGUGACAGAAUUGGUCCAACUGGGAAAUCAGCUAGUCAUUUAAAAUCUUGGAUUCUCUGGUUGGGGAUUGGAGCAGGUGUAGCUUCUGCUCUCAUAAUUGCAAUUGCAUGUACUUGCAUCUUUUGCUUCUGUAAAAGUCAGAGAAAUGAAAUGAGCAAUACCAAAGACAACCCUCCUGGGUGGCGGCCACUAUUCAUGCAUGGUGCUGUUUUAAGUAGCAUUGCUAAUGCUAAGGGAGGGGCCCAAACUCUGAAUGGAUCCGUGGCAGCAUUUACUAGAGUUGGCAGGCGGUUCACAUUGUCAGAGAUUCGUGCUGCAACAGACAAUUUUGAUGACAGUUUGGUGAUUGGAGUUGGAGGCUUUGGUAAAGUAUACAAAGGGGAGAUCGAAGAUGGCACCCUUGCAGCAAUCAAGCGGUCAAACCCACAAUCCGAGCAAGGCCUGGCUGAGUUUGAAACGGAGAUUGAGAUGCUCUCAAAGUUAAGGCACAGGCAUCUGGUCUCGUUGAUCGGGUUCUGCGAUGAACAGAAUGAGAUGAUCUUGGUUUACGAGUUUAUGGCAAAUGGAACUCUUAGAAGUCAUCUUUUUGGGAGUGGUUUCCCUCCAUUGACAUGGAAGCAGCGAUUAGAAGCAUGCACUGGUGCUGCCAGGGGACUCCAUUACCUUCAUACAGGAGCAGAUCGAGGAAUAAUUCACAGGGAUGUUAAGACAACCAACAUUUUGCUUGACGAGAAUUUUGUAGCAAAAAUGGCAGAUUUUGGGUUGUCUAAAGAUGGUCCAGCUUUGGACCAUACACAUGUCAGUACAGCAGUGAAAGGGAGCUUUGGAUAUCUUGAUCCUGAAUACUUCCGUCGACAGCAUUUGACUGAGAAAUCUGAUGUUUACUCAUUCGGCGUGGUGUUGUUUGAAGUUGUAUGCUCUCGACCUGUUAUAAAUCCAAGCUUGCCAAAAGACCAGAUCAACCUCGCAGAGUGGGCAAUGAAGUGGCAGCGGCAGAGGUCACUCGAGACCAUCAUUGACCCACGUCUCAGAGGAAAUUCUUGCCCGGAGUCAUUGAAGAAGUUCGGAGAGAUAGCAGAAAAAUGCCUUGCUGAUGAGGGAAGGAAUCGACCAACCAUGGGGGAAGUUUUGUGGCAUUUGGAAUAUGUCUUGCAACUCCAUGAAGCUUGGAUGCGCACCAAUGCUACUGAAACUUCUAUUACUAGCAGUCAGGCCUUGGAGGAUUUGGAACUGAGAGUAGCAGAAGAUGCACAGAGACGACCUUCCUCCUUGGACGAAGACACUGUUAGACCUCGACAUGAAGGGUGACUGAGAACCUGCUGCCGCAAUGGUUUCAGCAAACAGUAUGCAGCUGCUGGAUUUCACAAUGGAGUGGCCUAGGUAGGUGUCUAGCAAAAGCUAGAGAUUAUAUUCAUUACAGCGUUUUAUCAUAAUGGUCCAAAAUUCUUUUAUUUUGUUCUAUCAGAUUAUGUGCUUGGGGUAGCUGUGUUAUUAUAUCGACAUUAUCUUUACCAGCAAGUGGAGUGAACUAAGACGUAAUCUUGGUAGUCUUUCAUAUCUUAUUCUUUGUAAUAUAGCUUGCUAUAGUCAAGUUGACUUUCAAGUCAAUUCUUGGUGUCAUAGAAAAUUGCUACUGUCCUGCUUUUAGUA